AUGGAUAGAUCAUACAGGUCAGCUACCAAGAUCAUGUCUCAUUCCUCGAAGCACCACAUCGAAGUCAGCUCCGUGGCUUUGGUGGACCUGAAAGCAGAGAUAUCCCGCAGGCAAAUCGAAGUCAAACAAAGGGCUCAGCAGCUACCGGAGGGUUGUACUGUGAUAAAAAACAACUCUGCCGAUUCUAACGCACAAAGAAAGUCUAUUUGGCGAAAGCAGAAACCCGAGACUGAGGAAGUUCACAGUUUGACAUUGAGUGAAACGGAUGCCACCGAGCAAGAUUCUCUGAGGCUUGAACAAAGCAGAAGAAAGCUAGAAGCGAAAGCUAAACUAUAUGAAGCCUUGAAAGCCGCUGCAAUGUCAGGCCCUAUGUCUCAUUCGAAAAGCCGGCUUCACCCACAGGACGACGAUGGCCUUCUUGUUGAUUUCGAAAAGAAAAUUGCUGAGGACUCAAAGUAUCGGUCUGCAUCACCUGUGCGAUCGAUCGAUAGCGACCACUCAGAUGAGGACGCCGAAACAUGUCCUGCCGCUCACAGCGACGAUGAGUGGGAAGAGUACACGGAUAGCCAAGGUAUCAAGCGAAUGUGCAUGCGAAAAGAUAGGAAAAGUAUGGAAAAUCGUGAGCCCCCAAUUCGUUCUGACGGCCCUCUGACUUACGCACAUCUACGCGAAGGAGAAAUACGCGAUCAUGGCGUGGGUUUCUAUGCCUUUUCCGAGGAUGCAGAACAACGCGAAGCUGAAAUGGCUCGCUUGAAGGAACUACAUAGAAUUACAGAAGAGGGACGAGCACGGGCUCAGAUUAUUCGCGCUAAACGAGACGCUCGGAUGGGACAACGACUUGCUCGUCUGAGAGCGCGCAAAGGUAUGCCAGACGUUGCUACGGCUGCUGCCCAGUGCUUAGCAGAAACAAGUGCACCACCAACCCCGCUACCGGUUAGUGCUGAUGCCCAGUCGGAUAUCCGGCUUAGCAGUGAGGAUCUUGAUGUUGCUUCCAUGCUUCGGAGACUUCGAAAUGAGGCAGAAUUGCGCGCAUCCCUCAACGAAACAUCUACUACUGCCUUUGCGACACAGCCGAACAGUAUGAAACCGAGUAACUUAGCAGACAUAUUGGAGUCCAAUCGAACUGUUACGUCACGCGAAUGGGACAGGGGAAAGUCAAUGAUUUCGGCACAACGUUAUAUCCAAGAAGAAAGAGAAAGGAGAUUGCCAGAGUUUGCCCCGCCUUCGUUUUAUUAA